AUGAAUGACGACUUCUAUCCGUUGGCCUUACUCAUGGACGAGCUAAAGCACGACUAUGUUAGCAACCGUGUUCAAGCCAUGCAAAAACUUGACGCCAUUGCUAUAGCUUUAGGUCCAGAAAGAACUUUGCAUGAAUUACUUCCAUUCUUGAAUGACGUCGCUCAAGACGACGAAGAGGAGGUAUUCGCUGUAUUGGCCGAGAAGUUGGGUCUGUUCGUACCUCUCAUUGGCGGACAUGCCAACUGUGAGCCCUUGAUCCGUAUUUUGGCUGUAUUGGCUGCCAUGGAAGAGCCUAUAGUACGUGACCAUGCUGUCGACUCCUUGCACGCAAUCAGUUUGGAGUUGACGGACGAGGAACUUAACUCCAUUUUCUUGGAGUUGAUCAGAUCCUUGAGUCAAGGCGAUUGGUUCUCGAAAAAGGUUUCCCUGUGUGGCUUGUUUAAGUCCGUCAUUGUGCGCGUUGACGCGCCCACUCGUCGUGACUUGUUGAUGCUUUAUUACAACAUGAUUGUGGAUGACUCGCCUAUGGUGCGUAGAAGCGCAGCAAAGAACUUGCCUACUUUGAUUGAUAAAAUCAGUGAUUACACUCGUGAGAAUGCCGACUCUCCCCGCAAGAUGGAUGAUACCGACUUAGAAAUUAUCUCGAAAAUGUUCCACUACUUAAUCAAUGACAGCCAAGACAGCGUCAAGUUGUUGAGCAUCGAUGUUUUGGUUUCAAUUUUGAGCUACUUUCAUCUUGUCAAUGACAACACUCAUAACUCGGACUGCUUCGUCAGUGCGUUGAAAUUGAUUAAGGACGAAAGUUGGAGAGUUAGAUACGCUGCUGCUGACCGUUUUGGCGAUAUUGCCGUGAACUUUUCCUCUGUUGACGCCGAUGUUUACAAACUUGUAGAUCCAUUCAUCGCUUUGAUGAAAGACAAUGAGGGAGAGGUCAGAAAGGCAGUUGCCAAGCAAUUGCCCCAAUUCUGUAAAUUGAUAAAGGACUUGAAAAUUGUAGAGUCCAAGAUCAUUCCUGUGGUAAACGAUUUGAGUCAAGACCCACACGAAAAUGUCAGAGCUGCUUUAGCUUCUACCGUCACAGGAUUAUCUCCAAUCUUGCCACGCCAGUCGACCAUCGAUAAGUUGUUGCCGAUUUUCCUUGAAAUGUUGAAGGAUGAGUUUCCAGAUGUUCGCUUAAACAUUAUUUCAAAUUUGUCUGUUGUUAACGAGACCAUCGGUAUGGACUUAUUGUCCACCAGUUUGUUGCCAGCUAUUACUGAAUUGGCACAAGAUAACAAGUGGAGAGUUCGGUUGGCCAUCAUAGAGUACAUUCCAAAGUUGGCUAGCCAGCUUGGAGAAUCGUUCUUUAACAAUGAACUAUUAACUUUGUGCAUGUCUUGGUUGUGGGACCCAGUGUUUGUCGUGAGAGACGCUGCUGUUAACAAUUUGAAAGAGUUGACUGAAAUUUUUGGUUCUGUAUGGGCUGAGGAGCACAUUGUCACCAGAUUACUCAACAUCAAAGAUGAGAGAAUCACAGAGGAGGAAGGAAUUGCCGUCGAUCAAGUUGACUUCUCCAACUUCAUCAUUCGUAUCACUUGCCUUUUUGCCUUCACAAAACUCGUCCCUGUCAUUGAUUCUGCCAUCGUCGUCAACAAAAUCUUGCCAUUCAUUAAUUUUCUCACCAGCGAUACUGUUCCUAACAUCCGCUUUAACGUUGCCAAAUCUUUUGCAACCGUUGUCGAAGUUUUGCAGCAAUCGCAGUAUCCUGAGCUUCCUAAGUUGGUAGCUGACGACAUAUUGCCUAACCUUGACGGGCUUCUGAACGACAAUGACGUUGACGUUAUCUAUUACGCAAAAGAGAGCAUCGCCAAAAUCAAGCAGAUGGGUGAUGUGAUGUGA